AUCAAAUCUUCACUCCCCCUCCUGCAUCGUCUGACCACCACCUUCUCAAAUAGACUUGUCCAAGCUCCCGGGAGAAGCGACGUUCCUCUGCGUUGAGUAGGGUCACUGCUCCAGCUGCUCAAAGACUUUCCUAAGGAAGUUUCUCUGUCUUCAGGUUUGCAGAAGAAGCAGCCUAUCCCCUGAUUGUGAGUGUAAUGGCAGAUAACUGUACGAAGACCCAGCAAACGUUCCUCGCGCUGCCACCAUUUAGCAACACGUGCAGCUGUUUUCACUUAUGUCCCGGGGAUAGAAGACUGCAAGUUCGGUUUUAGAAAUGACUUGAUGUGUAAUUUUCAAGGUCUCUUCCUGCCCUUCGGACACAGGCAAGACAUCUUCCUCCCUUUUUUUUUUUCUUCCUGGAUUCUUUUUCUUCUCCAUCUUUUGGGGAUUUUCCUCCGUUACAAUGCCGUCCUGCCAAUAGCAUUGUCCCCGGGAGCACCACCUUUUUCACUGUUCUUUGGCAUCGGUGAGAUUUAUGCAAGACACCAUGAAGAUAUUGGAGAAAGUGAAGCGGAGAAACUUUCCAGGGAAUACCUGGCAAUGGCAUAUCCAGGACCCUGCAAGCCAGCUUCUAACGUGGAACAAGCCACCCAAAAGUGUGCUGGUGAUCAAGAAGGUCAGAGACGCCAGUCUACUGCAGCCCUUUAAGGAACUCUGCGUGUUCCUUACAGAGCAGAAGAACAUGAUUGUUUAUGUGGAGAAGAAGGUCUUGGAGGAUCCGGCCAUCGUGAACGACGAGAAUUUUGGACCAGUCAAGAAGAAGUUUUGCACUUUUAGAGAAGAUUUUGAUGACAUCUCCAACCGGAUUGACUUCAUUAUUUGCCUCGGAGGAGACGGCACCUUGCUGUAUGCAUCGUCACUUUUCCAGGACAGUGUCCCUCCUGUCAUGGCUUUUCACUUGGGAUCACUAGGGUUUCUCACCCCCUUUAGCUUUGACAACUUCCAGAAUCAAGUCACUCAGGUUAUAGAAGGAAAUGCGGCACUUGUCCUUCGCAGCAGGCUAAAAGUGAAGGUGCAUAAAGAGUACAAAGAGAAGAAGACCAUUGUACAGAAUGGCAUAGAAGAGAACGGGCUCAUUGUGAACCAGCAGGAGAAGGAACAUGUCAAACAAACCAAGUACCAGGUGCUGAAUGAAGUGGUGGUGGACAGAGGCCCUUCUUCUUAUCUAUCCAAUGUAGACGUCUUCCUUGAUGGACAUCUCAUCACUACGGUUCAAGGAGAUGGAGUUAUUGUGUCCACCCCUACUGGCAGUACCGCCUAUGCAGCUGCAGCCGGAGCCUCCAUGAUUCAUCCAAACGUACCAGCUAUCAUGAUCACCCCUAUCUGUCCCCACUCUCUAUCCUUCCGACCAAUAGUGGUACCUGCCGGGGUGGAGUUAAAGAUAAUGCUUUCACCUGAUGCACGGAACACAGCGUGGGUCUCAUUUGAUGGGAGGAAGAGGCAAGAGGUCUGCCAUGGAGACAGUAUAAACAUCACUACCUCUUGUUAUCCCGUCCCUUCCAUCUGUUUCCGAGACCCGGUGAAUGACUGGUUCGACAGCCUGGCCGAGUGUUUACAUUGGAACGUCCGCAAGAAACAAAACCAUUUUACAGGUGACGAGGAAGAGGAGUACUAGCAAUGGCCGGAUUUCAGAGACUCUUUCCAAUUAAAGUGAUCUAUUUUCUUCGAAUACGUGCCCCGGUUAUGGACUACGAUAGACCAAAUCAUACAAAAGUGCUUUUCUUCAGGCUACCAGCUGCAAAGUACUGGUCAAAUCCAACAACCAGCUUCCUUUAUUUAUCUAAACUCGCGUUUAAGACAGAAGUUUAUAUUUGUGUUUCUUAAUAAUGAAACUUAAACCAAUAAAUGAAAUAACCCCUUUUCUGCCAGCACGGCCUGCACUGUAUUGUCCUUUAUCACAAUACAAUGGAGGCCGCUCCUGGUGACCAUGUGGUUAUGUAGAGCUGUUUACAUUUUAUAAUUAACUGUCCCAUACCAGAAAAAAAAUAUUGUAAAAUAUAUUUGUUCUUAUAUUUUCAGAGCCUAUUUUGUGGAAUCUGUGAUUUACACAUUGUACAUAUAUUAAAAUAUAUAUGCUCCAUUCUUGA